CUUUUUUUUUUUUUCUUUUCAUUCAUUAUACGCCAUGCUUCGUACAUCUACUUCACGAUUGUUGAGCACACGUCUUAUUCAACGACCUGUAGUCAUGUCUGCUCGUGCUCAAUCUACUUUGGAUACUGGUGAAGUCAUUCAAGAUCCUCAAAUUGGUGAUUAUCCCAACUUGCCUCGUAACAGUACUCAAGCUCGUGGUCCUUUCGGUUGGUGGGAUCCUCAAGAUAAACGUAACUUUGGCGAAACUCUUCACGAAGAAGAUGAACUUUUGGGUGUUUGGGCUCCUGAUCUUCAUACUUAUAGUCCUUACAAGGCUCUUGCUCAAUUGGCUUUGGCUACUGGUGUGCUUACUGCCUUUGCUGGUCUUGUUUACUCCACUUAUCCUGAAAGACCUGCUGUCCAACGCACUUACCCUAACGAUGGUUUGAAGAAGGAUUUGGGUUUCCGUGAAGGUGAUGCUAGACCUCGUGGUGCUCGUCCUGACGAUUCAGAAUAGAUUAUACAUAUAUUUCCGCAAUUGAACAACACCAACCACACAAACACCCUUACGCCGGAUUACUUAUAUACACACAUUAUCUCUCUCUUUUUUUUUUUUCUUACAUCACUGAUGCACGAAUACUCACAUACGCACAUAUAUAUAUCUACAACCCCCCUAUAUUAGUAGUUUGAUGGUUUUUUUUAUACAACAAUAUACAAUUAUUACAAUACAGUACAAAAUGGAUUUUUUGAUCAUUGGG